AUGCUCCAGAACAAAGACGAUCUCUGCUUUCCACAGSUCAACAGCUCCUGCAGGAAGCCAACACUUCACUGGUCUAAAGCUGUGCUCCUGAACUCUGUGCUGUCRUUUAUCUGUCUGAUCACUGCAGCUCUCAARCUCRUCGUCAUCAUCUCAGUCUCCCAUUUCAGGCAACUCCACACACCCACUAACAUCAUCCUCUUYUCUWUGGCAGUUUCAGACUUCCUUGUUGGUGUUUUUCUUAUGCCUUUAGAAAURUUUAGAAGUUCAUCCUGUUGGUUACUUGGAGAUAUUACAUGUGUUUUAUUGUAUUAUAUGAUGUGUCAAAUUAUUUCUACAUCAGUAGGAAACAUUGUUUUUGUAUCAAUUGAUCGCUACAUAGCUAUUUGUGACCCUCUACAUUAUCCCACCAGAAUCACUCUGGRAAAAGUSAAAUGCUGUAUUUGUCUGUGUUGGAUCAGUGCUGCUUCCUGCYMCRMUUUUUACAUGAAAGAUGAGCUGAUUCAACCUGGCAGGAGUAGGUCCUGCUUUGGGGAAUGUAAAGUWGUAAUGAACUAUAURYRAGMRACUUUUGACCUAKUUYUGACCUUUAUAUGUCCWGUUACUGUUAUCAUAGUUCUGUAUAUGAGAGUAUUUGUGGUGGUUGUGUCUCAGGCUCGUGCUAUGCGCUCUCKCARCACAGCUGCUGCACUCCAMAAAUCYGGUAUUUUAAAAACAAAGAAAUCUGAGUUGAAAGCAGCCAGGACUCUUGGUGUUCUUGUAUUUGUGUUUUUAUUAUGUUUUUGUCCAUAUUACUGUGUCUUUUUUGCUGUGAGUGACRUGGUCYAUGCAUCAUCAAAUGUUUAUACAAUUUUUUCAUUCUAUUUAAAUUCCUGUCUAAACCCUGUGAUCUACACACUUUUUUACCCCUGGUUCAGAAAGUGUAUCAAACUCAUUGUCACUCUGCAGAUACUGAGGCCUGGCUCAUGUGAGACCAAAAUACUCUAGCAGUUUACUGCCUAACAAGAAACUUGCACUAAAGAAAUAGUUUUGUUUUCAAUAACUAAAUAAGUGAAAGAAAUGGUUAAAUUUCAUAAUCAGAAGUAUAAAAACCACUGAAAACAAGGUUUCUGUAUCUUCUUUCACAUUUAUCACAAUUAUAUAAUAAAUAAUAUCUGUUUUUCAUGUUGCAUUAUUCACUCUUAAAAAUUACACUUAGAAAUAUUAGAAAUAUUUUG